AGAGGUUAUGUAUGUGUUGUUGAUGUUAUGUGUGCUGUUUGCGAGCAAAAAAUUCAAUCGCACUCUAAUAUUAUUCGUAGUUCUUGCUGCUUCUGGUAUUUUUGGAGUUUUAAGCAUAUUGAUUAAGAUACCUUUGGCGGCCAUUUAUAUGAUCGCUAUUAUGUUGUGUUCAGGUGUAGCAACAAGUGUUAUGAGUGCCAUUGUAGUUGACAUCUACCCAACAAAUUUAAGAGCAAUGGCUGUUUGCAUUUCAUUAAUGUUGGGACGCAUUGGCAGUGUCUCGGGAAGUUAUAUAAUGGGUGCCCUAAUAGAAAGUCAUUGUGAAUUAGCUUUCUAUACAUCAUCAUUCGCAUUAAUAUUAGCUGGUUGUUUGGGUUUCCUGAUGCCUAAAACCCAGGAGAAUAAAAAGCAAAUCAAUGACAAUCAAACUAUUUAAUUCUGUACAAAUUAGGUUAAAGUUCAUUUAAGAGUUUAAGUUAUUUAAUA